UUGAAAGUUGUCGAAAUUUGGUGUUAUUGAAUCCGAUUAUCUUUUUGAUUUGAAGAAAUUCUUCGUCUCAGUUAUAUCCACAAUCAUGACAAUAAGAAAAAAUAACAAGCCUAAGGUCCAGAAGCAACAAAAUGUAUGUGAAUAUGACCUGUUGGAACAGUACAGUCCUCUCAAAAUCGGAAAAAUUAUUCCUACUAAAACCGAGAAAAAAUCAAAUAUCUUCAAUACGUUUCGACCUAAGCUUGGAGAAUGUUUGGAUUAUAAUAUUUCCGAAACUUUCGUUAAAUGGAAUGUUGGAGAUACAAAAAUCAAUGUGAAACAAACAAAGGCUUCCUAUGUACCAGCUCCACCAGAAGCUAUAAAACCACAAAAAACUAAAAAAGUAGUUAGAUCUCAUAGCGGCCCACCACAGUGGAAAUUCAUAGAUGAGAUUUGGAGGGAAAAGCAGGACCAGUUACAAAUCCAAUCGAAACGUGAAUUCAAGCAGUUUUCAAAUCGGAGGAAGUGUACACAUAAAAAUCAAGCUUCAUCGAUACACAAUUGGAUACUAGGAAUGGUGGGACCAGAGUGGUUUCAAGAACUGUCACCUAAACAACUUAAAACUGCAGAUCAAUUAAAGUACUGCAUGGCACAGGAUUAUAAGGAUAAUACCAUAAUUCAAACAAAAGAAAACAUCGGAAGCCUGGGACUGGUUCCCAGACCCAAGUCAAAACAUAUUCUGUUAGCUUUAAAUUUAUGUUGUGGAAUUGAUGUAGAAUUUUUACUGAGUUUAUAUCAAUUGAUAGAUCCUAAUAGAAGCGAGUAUUCUAUAAAUGAUAGAUUGCUACUUUCAGCUGUUGUUCAUUUGACAAUGACGGAAACAUUAAGAGAGCUACACAUUAGAAUACCAUCACCACCUAGAAAAAAAAUAGGUAGUUCUAAAGGUUUUGAAAAGCCUGAGAAGAAAAGGUAUAAGUCUCCUUAUUUGGUACCUUUCACAUUCAAACCAGAACCUCCAAAAUAUUCAGGAGUUUAUGAAAAUAAACAUUUUCAGUAUCCCCAAAACCCCUACUUUUCAUAUAUCGAUGAAUUGUAUCAAGAGAAGCAGUUUACUGAAAAUAUUCUUUCUGUCAAUGUUGCAGAGAAAGAUUCAGGUAUUCCAUGUUUUCUGUUGAUUGUUGGACUAUUCAUAAAUCUAUUUUGAGACAGAGACACAGAA